AUGGCUUCUAAGCUUUUCCUUCUUGUGCUUGUUGCUCUUGUUUGCACCACAAAUGGUAGGAAGCUUGUGAGCUCAAAGGGUUCUUCCGAAGAUGAGAAAACUCUCUUUCAUCGACCAGGAUCCGGUGGUGGGCUAGGUGGUGGAGGUGGUGGUGGUUUUGGAGGCGGUGGAGGUGGAGGGUUAGGCGGUGGUUCCGGUUUUGGUGGUGGGGCUGGUUCUGGUGGGGGUGCUGGUGGCGGUGGUGGACUUGGUGGAGGCGGGGGUGGAGGGUUUGGUGGUGGUGGUGGAGGAGGAUUAGGUGGAGGGUCAGGUUUUGGAGCUGGUGGUGGAUAUGGGGGUGGAGCAGGGGCUGGUGGUGGGCUAGGAGGAGGAGGUGGUGGAGGCUUAGGUGGCGGCGGUGGAGGUGGUCUUGGGGGUGGUGCCGGUGGUGGAUAUGGUGGAGGAGCGGGUGGUGGGAUUGGAGGAGUAGUUCUGAAAAAAGUACUGAAAAAUAUACAACACAUGAAGAGGAGCUUGAAGACUUGGAACGAGAAGUAUUAG